AGCCAAAAAUAAGUUAGAGCAAAAAAAGUGUUUGGCAAAUAUAACUGUACUAAACGAAAGUACUCCGAGAGACUGAAAAUAUUUAACAAAUUUCAAGCAACUAAUGGUGCCUUUGGUUUAAGCCACACGGCCGAUUAAUUGGAUUACAAAUCAACGGAGCCAAAAUGAAUAAGUUGCUCAUAUUCAGUUGUCUCAUUUUGGGCACACAAAUCCAACAAUCGUACCAACAACAAGACUACACGACACCAGUGCCGAUAUUGAAACAGAUCGAUCGCCACAACGACGAUGGUUCAUAUACAUAUGGCUACGAAGCAGCGGAUAGGAGUUUUAAAAUCGAAACGAAGUACCCGAGCGGCGAGGUAUUUGGCAAAUAUGGCUACUUAGAUGAUCAGGGAAAGUUGCGUGAGAUCGAGUAUGGCGCUAGUAAGCGUGGUUUCGAACCUGCUGGCAGCGACAUUAAUGUGCCACCGCCCACGCUUACGAACAACAAUCCCUAUCCGUUAGGUCCGAACGAAAUCGACGAUGGUCAGUACCGUGAAGAUCCCGCUGUCUACUAUAAAGAUCAAAAGUUCAACCGUCCUGCGGUGGCUCCAAGCAGAUUUAGUUUGGAUAAUUUACAUCAACCCCAAAGACCGCAGUACAAUCCACCUCCACCUCCGCCACAGUACUACAAUCCGCCACCACCACCGCAACCACGCUAUCAACAAUUAGGAUUCCAGCAUCAACCACCGCAAUUCCGACAACCACCACCUCCACCACCGCCUCCACAACCACGUUAUCAGCCACAGUAUCAGUAUCAACCACAGUAUCAACAGCGCUCAUAUCAGCCGCAACCGCAGUCGCAGUACCCAUAUGGCAGUUUGCCGCAACAUCACCAUCCGGCGCUAAAGAAUCUCGAUAUCUGGAGCGGUUCGUAUAGCAUUGAUUACACGGGCAGACGCAAGUAGAAGGUUAGCAUGCGUACUAGAAUGUGGGUGGUUUGCCCUUGCUGAAAAGUCAUGGUAAAGCUUGUGGUUUUUGUUGCGUAUGCCGUGUCGUGUAAAGUGGAACGAAUUGUGGCGUGAGCAUUGAGAUCGUCAUCAUUAAGACUUGUACUGAUUUCGUGGAACAACUCAAUCAGUUACUAAGAAUUUUUACAUGUAAAUAUUAUAUGUUUGUAGUACUUUAAUAACGCCUAUUAGUUAGUGAAGGCGAACGAGUCGAAAUAUAUGUAUAUAUAUAUU